AUGUUCCAUCCAAAAAGGCCCUUUUUCGCUGUCUGCCUUCUCCUACUUGUUUCAUGUGCUAUCUACUUUGUGGCCUCGGGCGACUCUACUAGCCUCGGCUCCUCUGGACCUGUCACAGUCCGAACUCCAGUGGUUGAGAAGCAAACCGAUAUCAAAUUGAGCGAAAAGGAGAGCAAAAAAAUAGAGGAUGAGGCUGCUGAUGUGACUAAUUCAAAAGCACAAAGCGUGGGUGAGUUCACUGAGCAGCCAUUUAUGCCUAAGAUGGCCAAUGAGACGUUGAAAGCACAAUUGGGUAACUCUGCCUGGCACCUUCUCCAUACGGUAUUGGCAAGGUACCCUGAGAAGCCCAACGAGCAGCAAAAGGCAACUUUAAAGCAAUACAUUCACCUUUUUGCACAGGUGUACCCUUGUGGAGACUGUGCCAGGCACUUCCAAGGGCUCUUAUCUAAGUAUCCUCCUCAGGUGAGUAGCAGGAAGAACGCUGCCCUUUGGGGGUGUGACAUUCACAACAAGGUCAACGAGAGGUUGAAGAAGCCCAUCUACGACUGUCUGAACAUCUUGGAGGACUACGACUGUGGCUGUGGAUCUGACGAGAAGGAGGCAGAUGCUACCUUGGGCGGUGAGAGUGUCGACCACCUCAGGCAGAUCAAGGUGGACGAAAAGGAGAAUAAGGCUAUUGGCGGGUGA